AAGGUAGUCAAGAACGUAAGAAAAAUGAGAGAAAAUAGCAAGGAAAAUUAAAGAGGUAGCUUUGUUUGAAGUUAAAAUGGUGACCAAAAGUGUGGCUAACUCAAUCCUGGCGUUGAGGAUAGUUGCUCUUGCAACUUCAGCUGCAUCAAUGGCCUUACUCGUUACCAACAGCUACAAAUUUCAAAACGGUGCAGAGGUCAAUUAUCAAGAAUUCGAUUCAUACAGCCUUGUGGUAGCUAUUGCAGCAAUUACGUGUGCAUAUUCUAUAGUUCAGCUUCCAUUUGCCGUAUACUAUGCAAUACGACACAAGAGGCUCAUAAACAAUGGAUUCUUGCCAAAAUUUGACUUAUAUGCAGACCAGGUAAUUAGUCUGUCUCUUGGCGUAGCCAUUGGUGCUGGUUUUGCAUUGUCUGUGGAAUUAAAGAACUUCCUGACGGAGCAUGUCAUAAAUUUGAAUAAUUUUAAUUUUAAGGGUCCAUACAACAAGCUUUUGGUUCAAGGAUUAAUUUCUUCUGCUUUCCUUCUCGUCACCUUCUUCUCCAUGGCUAUCCUUUCAUUCAUUUCCUCCAAGAAUCAACCCAGACAGCUACCCAAUCCCCUCUAAAUCCUACCUAUAUAUUGCUUCAUCAAUUUUUCCUAUCAAAAUUUAUAUAAAUGUACAAUAUUGGUAAAUGAAUGAGACAUAUGAAUAGUUUUUUGUUAA